CCCCCGCCUCCCCCCAGGCACUGCAACAUGGUGCUGGAGAACGUGAAGGAGAUGUGGACCGAGGUGCCCAAGAGCGGGAAGGGCAAGAAGAAGUCGAAGCCGGUGAACAAGGAUCGCUACAUCUCCAAGAUGUUCCUGCGCGGCGACUCCGUCAUCGUCGUGCUGCGCAACCCCCUCAUCGCCGGAAAGUGACCCCUUGCCGCCCGCCUGGGGAGGGGUCAGCCGCCCCCCCUCUCCAGGGUCGGUCACCCUGAGACCUGAGCCGCCUCGGCCCCUGCCAGGCUGCAGGCCACGGCUAGGACUCUUUCCAUCCCCCCCCCCCCCCCCCCGUGUUUUGCCCACU